UGAAAUCUUAUCAACGAAACCUCGGCCCCCGCACGCAGACGUAUUGCUUCGAGGAGACCAACGAUACCAUACGAGCGCAAAUGGACGACCACCGAGUAGAUCUGCUGAGCCAUGGGCAGAUUGAUUCCCCUACCAAUCUUGCGGGUGUGUCGCAAGUGGUAGCGCAGAGUGAUACUCAGCAAAGUGCCUCUGGUCAAAUUCCGUCACAGCCGCAAGCGUCCGAGCAGACGCGCCGCGAGAGUUUAGAAGAGUUGAGCGACGAUGAUAUGGCCGAGUUCCCAUUAGAACUCCAAGAGGUGCUGGAAGAAUGCGCUAAGAUGUAUCCCGACGAAGUCGAUCUCGAUUACUGCUACGAGAUCGUUGCGGACACGGCCAGUCAUUACGUGGAGGACGAAACGGGUGUCGUCGGGACCAGCCAGACUUUGAAGGAAGCCAACAAAGAAGCCGUACGGUUUUACGUAGAUGAAGGAUACUAUGCCUCAGGCGACUCACCUGAGUACGAGGCAAUGGAAGACGGCAGUCUUCAGAUUCGAGUCACCACAGAUGGCUCAACGGCAGGUGACGUGACUAUAUACAUAAAAGAAGUACCUGUGAGACGAACCUUUGGUCGCAAUGUAUGAUGGCGUUCAUAGCAUACUAUGUUGUAUUUCAUACUGG